AUGUACCGCAGUCUUCGCUCGCUAGCGAUAACCGUCGGGAUCUUUGCGUCGACUACUAGAGCGCAGACGAACUUCAGCGUCGCCAAUUUCAAGGGAGUCCUCGCAGCGGGAUCUGGAGUCCUUGAGUCGUUGAGACCGACCAGCAAUCUUUCAUUCGAUUACAGCCCGUCGGACUUCUACCACUAUCGGGACGGUGCUGGGCAGUACCACACUGGCGAUCUGACCUUGCGUUAUCGUGCUCUUGGCGAAAGCGACUGGACGGAUGCAGACACUGCUGCCAUUCGACAAAAUGGAACGGAUGGUCAAGCUUCAACGACCGGGCUACUCACCACGGAUCUCAUCAAUCAGCUGCCUGGAUUAGCCAAGGGGAUCAAGGUCACAAGAUCGUGGUCGCAGCAGGAUGGUGAUCUCACACUAUCCUUCACCAUCGAUAACACCGGGGCAGAAAGUAUCGAAUUAGGUAGCGUGGGCAUCCCCAUCGUAUUCAACAACAUCUUCUCCAAUCGUACAGCCGUCGAGGUCACGCAGAGAUGCUCAUUGAUCGACCCUUACAUCGGCCUAGGAGCAGGCUACGUUCAAGUGACGGCACUCAGUGGUACCGGUCCCAAUCUCGUGAUUACACCACUGAAUCAAGACUCGAAGUUCGAAGCGUGGCGAUUCCUGCCUGAGCCUGAUGAUACAUUUUUGGGAUAUCAGAUCCAAACCUACGAAGGCAACUACGCUUGGCAAGUCUACAGCCUCGCAUAUGCCGAGAACGAGUGGAAUACGACGGAGCCAUGGAAUCCACCCAGCUCUACUAUCCUUGCAUCUGGAGGAAACAUCACUCUUGGUCUUCGGUUUUCGGUCGCGGAUCAAGUGCAAGACAUCGAUACCGUACUUUCCACUGCGGGGUUGCCGGUCACUGUGGGUGUUCCAGGUUAUGUGAUCCCUCAGGAUUUGCCAGCCAGGCUAUUUGUCAACUCAUCGCAUGCGAUCAACAACAUCACAGUUGAGCCAGCGGGAGCGCUGACCCUCACCUCAGGGGGCACGUAUGGAGAAUCCUGGACGGGAUACGAUAUCAGUGCUUCCACCUCAGCAUUUGGCCGCGCUCGAGUAACACUCACGUACGCAGAUGAUAGGAUACAGACCGUCCACUACUGGAUCGCCCAUUCCAGCCCAACUGUACUUUCUGAGCUCGGUGAUUUCUUGACUAAUGAGCAAUGGUACACCAACACUUCCGAUCCCUUCGGCCGUGGCAACAGCGUGAUCACCUAUGACCGCUCCACCAAUGAUUACGUGCUACAAGACAACCGUACUUGGAUAGCAGGUGUGAGCGAUGAGGGUGGCGCCGGCUCAUUCCUAGCAGCCGGGAUGAAACAGGCGGUAGCGCCAGCUGCAUCAGAAGUAGCUAAGCUAGAGACAAUGGUCCGCGAUGUUGUAUGGCGUACGCUCCAGAUCUCAGAAGGCAACGACACCUACGCGGUACGACGCAGCAUAUUCUACUACCAACCCGACCUGGUACCCGAUUACAUCUACAGCCCCGAAUUCAAUUGGACAGCCGUACCAGGCGAGACGUGGAACAAAAGUGAGGCGUACAUGACCUGGCGAACCUACGACUACGUCCACGUCAGUGCGCUUUACUGGUCUCUUUACCGCGCCGGUCGUACAGUUCCCGGUAUCUUGACCCAACGAAAUGCAAUAUGGUAUCUUCUACAGGCCUAUCACACAGUCCACUACGCACUCUCCAAUGCCACGGACGGCACACCCUUGACCGACUACGCCAACGUAGGCUUAAUGGGCGAAUGGGUCUGGGGUGAGCUGCUCUCUGACUUAUAUGCAGAGAACUACACCAUGGAAGCAGCGGAGAUGGAACAGACCAUGCGUGGACGGCAACAAAUCUGGGCCUCGGAAGCAGAUCCCUACGGUUCCGAAAUGGCAUGGGACAGUACGGGAGAGGAGGGUGUGUACUUUUGGUCCGCCUACUUCAACGACACCGCGACAACACGGAAGACCGUGAACGCCAUCCGCGGCUACAUGCCGACCGUACCACACUGGGGCUGGAACGGCAACGCACGUCGAUACUGGGAUUUUCUCUACGCUGGAUCGAUCCAAUUGGCGCGCAUAGAGCGGCAAAUUCAUCACUACGGAUCCGGCCUGAACGCUCUGCCAAUUUUGGCUGACUAUCGAGCUUCUGCAGAUCCGCAAGGCCUAGAUGCGCUGUACCAGUUACGAGUAGGUUAUGGAGGUAAUUCAGGCCCACUGACGAAUAUAGAUGCCGAGGGGUUCGGUUCAAUGGCGUUCCAUAGUUAUCCUGAUACGAUGCACUGGGAUGCGUAUAGCGGCGACUACGGCCCAAACUUUCUCGGCCACGUCCUCGGCGCCGCCACCUACCUAGUCAACCAUCCGAUCUUCGGGUAUGUCAGUUUCGGGGGUAAAGUCUCUUCAACCAACAACAGUACCCUUAUAAUCGUGGAACCAAGAGACUCGGUUCGACAACGAAUUUUCGUCGCUCCGACAAGUUUGUACGUCACUAUCGAUGCUGGCACUAUCGAGAACUUCUCAUACGACAUAGUCUCCAAGGAGGUCAUGGUCAACAUCAGUAGUGGACGAAGCGCGAACAGUACGAUGGAUGGCUACGAAGCCGGAAGCACGCUUCGGGCGGUGAUGAAGUGGGAGCAGACUGGGGGGGGCGAGCAUGUCACAAAGAUGGGACUGCAGACUGCGCUGGAGUCAGGGCUCGGCGGAUAUCUAGUCGGUCUGUCAACGACCGAAGCGAGCUGUGUCUUAUUCACGGCUUGUUGA